AUGGCCUUCAAGGACAUAGCUGAAGCAAAAAAUUUUUGUAAACUUUAUGCUCUAGCUAAGAAGGUAGAACUAGUUGUGUUGAAGAGUGAUAAAAAAAGAUCGAGAUAUACAUGUGCUGCUGAUGGCUGUCCAUUUUUACUUCUUAUUUCUGGGGAUUUGACCACUCCCGGAGUUAGUGUCAAAACACUUGUAGAUCAUAUAGAGUGUGGAAUAUCAUAUGAUAACUCUUUAGUAGAUUACUCAACAAUAGCCUUGUAUUUCAAGAACAAAUUGCAAAGUGACCCCAAGUACAAAGUCAAAGAAAUGAAGGCUGAUUUACAUAGAGUUUUUGAGCUAAAUGUAAGUGAAGCAAAGUGCAACAAAGCCAAAAAAGGAGAUACUGGAGAGUUUAGAAGGAUGUAUAUCUGCUUCAAGGCAAUGAAGUUGGGUUUUAAAUCUGGGUUAAGACCACUUAUUUGGUUAGAUGGUACAUUCCUUAAAGGAAAAACUAAGGGACUAGUAUUGUGUGCUGUUGGUCAAGACAGUAUUAACUCUUUCUACCCUCUAACUUGGGCUGUGGUAGAUAAAGAGACUAAGAGGACUUGGACAUGGUUUAUGCAACAUUUGCAACAUUCACUUGAACUUCAAAAUGGUGAAGGACUGACAUUCAUAUCAAAUAUGCAGAAGGGGCUGCUUGAAGCAGUAAGGACAAUCUUACCUGAAGCACAUCAGAGAUAUUGUGCAAAGCAUAUUGAGGCAAAUUGGUGCAAAAGAUGGGGUAAAGGUGAGCUGAAAAAGUUGCUAUGGUGGGCUGCAUGGUCAUCAUUUACAGAGGAGUUUGAGGACCAACUUCAAGAGAUCAAGGAAGUUAAUGGAGAGGCUGGACAAGAUUUAAUAGACAAGUAUCCUCCCAAAGCAUGGUGCAUAGCCUAUUUAGAUACAGUGUGCAAAAAUCAGGUUGUUGACAAUAACUUUACUGAAUCAUUCAAUGCCUGGAUACUUGAAGCAAGGUACAAGCCAAUUAUUGAAAUGUUGGAAGACAUCAGGGUCAAAAUAAUGGAGAGGUUGGCAGCAAAAGAGGUUGUUGUGAGAAAGUGGAAAGAUGAUGGAUUUAGUCCCAAAAGUGAAUUGUUGUUUAUUGAGUAUUUGAAGAUUUCCAAGGUUUGUAAGGUGAGUGGCAAUGGGGAUAAUGGCUAUGAGGUUACUGAAGGUACAGAUAGACACAUUGUCAACUUAAGAGAGAAAAAAUGCACAUGCAGAACAUGGGAUUUGACUGGAAUUCCAUGUCCACAUGCAAUUAAGGCCAUGGAGCACAAGAAAAUGAUACCAAUGAAAGAAAUUCAUUGGUAUUAUAGUAAGGAGGCAGCAUUGGCAGAUUACAAACACAAGUUACAACAUGUUAGGGGAGAACCAUUCUGGAAAUGUGAUCCUUUACAUGCCAUUGAACCACCUGAAUUGGUCAAGCUUGUUGGUAGACCUAAGCUUAUGAGGGAAAGAGAAAAAGAUGAAGCUAUUAAGAGGCAAGGAGUAUGGAAGCAAACAAGAAAAGGAAAAGUGAUGACAUGUAGUAAUUGUGGAGAGCAAAAUCAUAAUGCAAGAGGAUGUGAAAAGGAAAAACAGGGGAAACAACUUACUAAGAAGCAGGGGAAACAACUUGCUAAGCAAGGAAAAGAAUCUGGCAGGGGAAAAAAGAGGCAGCUUAGGAGAGGUUUAGUUGAUGAAGAUGAAGCUUCUGAGGAAGACAUCAACUGCACAGCCCCACAACCAACACAAGAAAGUCAGUUUGGAUAUGUUUCUUCUAGCAACUAUUUUCCAGUAGCUGAGGAUGAUGAUGAAGACCCUAGGCUAAGGCCAAGAACAAUCUCAGAAGAAGCUUUUCUAACAAGGUUGAAAAAAAAACAUAACCCACAAGAAUCAAUUGGAAGUAGAGUAAUAGGCUUCAGAGGUGACAAAUUUGGUGUUAGUGAACCUACAAAUCUUCCCAUAGAACCAACUGGCUUAACUUGGAAUGGACAGAGUGCAGUUACUACAAACCAGCUACAAAAGUUGAGGCCAAGAAUGGGAUGA